UAAAAAUAUUUCUUAACAAAGAGUAGCACCCAUUUUCUCUUAAGUCAUUAAUGUCCUAACAUUUCAUUAUUAUUAUUACUCACUCUAACUCUAAAACGUCCCUUAACAGUCACACUCACACUCCACAGUACACUAACAGAGCAAAACCGUGAAAACCCCAUUGUAGCAGAAUAGAAUAGAACCCUCGUCUUAAACCCUAGAUUUUCAUCUCAUCAAAAACCACUCUGAAAAUUCAUCACAAUCAUGAAUCACGUUGGUUCGAGCAAAGACGGUAACAAAGCGGGGUUCGAAACGAAGGAUCAUGAAGAUUACGACAUCGACAUGGAAAUGGACAUUGACCUUGAAGACGAAGAUCCAUCCUACACCGAAAUCCUCAAAGAGUUAGGUGAUGAUAUGGUUCGUUAUUUCUGCAAGAAAGCUUCGAUUAUGUUCUUCGAUGAGUACGGUCUUAUAAGUCACCAAAUCAAUUCGUACAAUCAAUUUGCUACUUCUGGUCUUCAAAAUACCUUCGAUUCGUUCGGUGAUUUAACCGUUACGCCUGGUUUUGAUCCUUCUAAGAAAGGAGAUAACGAACAUUACCGUUAUGCUUCUGUUAAGUUUGGUAAGGUUACGCUUGAUCGACCUAUGUUUUGGUGUGGUGAAGGGAAUACUCAGGAGAUGAAGAUGCUUCCUAGACAUGCUCGUCUUCAGAGGAUGACUUAUGCUUCCAAAAUGAAAGUUAAUGUUCAAGUUCAGGUGUAUAUUCCGAAGAAGGUUCGUAGUGAUAAAUUUAAGACAGGAAAAGAGGAGUACAUUGAUAGAGAGAUUAUUAUGGACGAGAACAGAGAAAUAACCAUUGGGAGACUGCCUGUGAUGGUCAAGUCUGAUCUUUGCUGGAUGAAUGGUGUUGAAAAGGGUGAUUGUGAAUUUGAUCACGGAGGCUACUUUCUGAUCAAGGGUGCUGAGAAGAUUUUUAUUGCACAGGAGCAAAUCUUUCUAAAGAGGCUUUGGGUUACAAAUGUUCCGUAUUGGGCAGUUGCAUACAAGUCACAGAUGAAGAGAAAUAGGAUGGUCGUUAAAUUGGUGGAAAAUACAACAGUUGAAGGGAUUAAAAAUGGAGAGAAGGUGCUCACAGUAUAUUUUCUGUCUGUCGAAAUUCCUGUAUGGUUACUGUUUUUUGCUCUUGGUGUCACUUCAGAUAAGCAGAUUGUUGAUCUCAUCGAUUAUGGAGAGGGAGAUGGGAGAAUUCAAAAUAUUCUCUUUGCUUCCAUUCGUGAGGCCGAUGAGAAAUGUGAACAAUUUCGUAGAGGAAAGAAUGCUCUUCUUUAUAUAGAGGAACGCGUAAAAGGUGUCCAGUUUCCACCUCCAGAAUCUAUUGACGAGUGCCUUAAUAUGUAUGUCUUUCCGAACAUUAAAGGCUUGAAUAGAAAGGCACGGUACCUCGCAUACAUGGUGAAGGUUCUCUUACUGGCGUAUACUGGCCGUCGAAAAACUGACAAUAGGGAUGAUUUUAGAAAUAAGAGGCUUGAGUUGGCUGGUGAGCUGCUAGAACGCGAGCUAAAAGUGCACAUUGCACAUGCUCGGAAGCGAAUGGCGAAGGCUCUGCAGAGAGACCUUUAUGGAGAUCGAGAUGUUCAUCAAAUUGAGCACUAUCUUGAUGCUUCCAUUAUUACAAAUGGUCUUCAACGAGCAUUUUCUACUGGAGCAUGGACACAUCCUUAUAAAAGGAUGGAAAGGAUUUCUGGUGUGGUGGCAACCCUUGGCCGAACCAAUCCAUUACAAACCAUGGCUGAAUUAAGAAGAACAAGGCAACAAGUUCAGUACACAGGAAAGGUUGGGGAUGCUAGAUACCCGCAUCCUUCUCACUGGGGUAAGGUUUGUUUCCUCUCUACCCCCGACGGUGAAAAUUGUGGACUAGUAAAAAAUAUGGCCGUCACAGGGCUCGUAAGUACCAAUGUAACUGAAUCUAUACUCCCUCAGUUGUUUGCUUGUGGGAUGGAAGAACUUGUCGAUGAUACUACUGCUGUUCUUGGAAACAAAGACAAAGUCUUUCUAAAUGGAGACUGGGUUGGAGUUUGUUCAGAUUCCGCAUCAUUUGUGGCAGAGCUGCGAAAUAGAAGAAGGAAAAAUGAAUUGCCUCAUCAGGUGGAAAUCAAAAGAGAUCCAAGUCAAGAAGAAGUGCGCAUAUUAUCUGAUGCAGGAAGGAUUCUUCGUCCACUCUUAGUAGUUAGUAAUCUACUAAAGAUUAAAGGAUCUAAAUCGGAUCCAAAAUCUUUCCAAUCCCUAUUGGAUAAUGGCCUGAUUGAGCUGAUUGGUCCUGAAGAAGAAGAGGACUGCAAGACUGCAUGGGGUGUUCCAUAUUUAUUUGGCAAAGAGGGAAAAUCUUCCGUGAAGUAUACACAUUGUGAACUUGAUAUGUCAUUCUUAUUGGGUCUAAGCUGUUCACUUGUUCCAUUUGCUAAUCAUGACCAUGCUAGGAGAGUGCUGUAUCAAUCUCAAAAGCACUCCUCACAGGCUAUUGGCUUUUCUACAACAAACCCGGAUAUUAGAGUUGAUGCUUUGUCUCACCAAUUAUUUUAUCCUCAAAAACCACUGUUUCAGACAAUGACAUCUGAUUGUCUUGGAAAACCUGGAUAUCUGGGUCCGAGUAAACUUCUUCCGAAGUCCGAAUUCUAUAAUGGGCAGAAUGCAAUUGUGGCUGUCAAUGUACAUCUUGGAUAUAAUCAAGAAGAUUCCUUGGUGAUGAACCGUGCUUCUCUGCAGCGUGGUAUGUUCAGAUCCGAGCACAUAAGGAGUUACAAGGCUGAAAAUGAAAAUAAGGAAUCUACAGAAAAGAAACGGAAACCCGAAGACAUUGUAAAUUUUGGAAAGAUUCAAAGUAAAAUUGGUCGAGUUGAUAGCCUUGAUGAUGAUGGAUUUCCAUUCGUUGGUGCGAAUUUGCAGAUUGGUGAUAUUAUUAUUGGGCGGUGUGCUGAUUCAGGGGCGGACCAUAGUAUAAAGCUAAAACACACCGAGAGGGGUUAUGUUCAAAAGGUUGUGCUGUCCUCAAAUGAUGAGGGGAAGAAUUUUGCUGUGGUUUCACUUAGACAGGUUCGAAGUCCAGUUCUUGGAGACAAGUUCUCCAGUAUGCAUGGACAGAAGGGUGUUUUAGGAUUUCUGGAGUCUCAGGAAAACUUUCCUUUCACAAAACAAGGUAUUGUUCCUGAUAUUGUCAUAAAUCCACACGCAUUUCCCUCAAGACAAACUCCCGGGCAACUCCUAGAGGCUGCUUUAGGGAAGGGUAUUGCUUGUGUUGGUUCAUUGAGAAAUGCUACCCCUUUUUCCACUUCCUCUGUUGAAGCCAUUACAGACCAGCUUCACAGAGCUGGGUUUUCAAGAUGGGGAAAUGAGAGGGUAUACAAUGGUAGGACUGGUGAGAUGGUCCGUUCACUCAUAUUUAUGGGCCCAACAUUCUACCAGCGACUGCACCACAUGUCUGAGGAUAAAGUAAAAUUCAGGAACACAGGCCCAGUUCACCCGCUAACCCGACAGCCUGUUGCUGACAGGAAGCGAUUUGGAGGUAUCAAGUUUGGUGAAAUGGAGCGUGAUUGCCUGAUAGCUCAUGGUGCAUCUGCCAACCUGUACGAACGCCUCUUCACCCUGAGUGAUUCGUCUCAGAUACACAUUUGUAGUAAAUGCAAAAAUGUUGCAAAUGUGAUCUUACGGCCAGUUUCUGGUGGCCGGAAAAUACGAGGCCCCUAUUGCCGGUUCUGUGAAUCCGCAGAUGAUAUUGUGGUGGCCCAUGUCCCGUAUGGAGCUAAGUUACUGUGUCAGGAGCUGUUCAGCAUGGGCAUUAAUCUAAAAUUUGAAACUGAACUUUGCUAGACAACUGCUCUUAACAUGUCUGCCUCUCUUUUCUCUAGACUAGACUUUCGAACUCCAUGUACAUAUCAGUUUGGUUCCCUGGAUGUUUGCUUGAAUAUCAGUUAGGAGUAUUACUAUUUCGUGACAAGCGCCAUGAUUUUCUUGAAUGCUCUUGCAUUUCUUUUUUUCCUUUAAAUUGUUUAAACUUUGAAGAGGAAUGCUCAUAUCCGGCUGGAAGCUUCUCUGCCAGAAAAUUCAGGAAUGAACUGCUAUUUAGGUUUAUUCAUACUGUUUAAUUCUU